AUGCCUCAUGUACUUAUUGCUUGUAGCGCUAGCGUUGCUGCAAUCAAAAUUCCAGCUAUUAUUUCUGAACUAACAAAAAAAAAUAUACGUACAACUUUAGUCGUCUCAGAACAAAGUAAACAUUUUAUAGAUAUAGAGAAAAUAAAAAAAGAUUACCAAAUUGAUGUAUUUACCGACCAAGAUGAGUGGAACACUUGGAAUGGAAGAGGAGACCCAGUAUUGCAUAUUGAACUCUCCAAAAAUGCUGAUUUACUUGUACUUGCUCCGUUAAGUGCUAAUACCAUGGCUAAAAUUAACUCAGGUAUAUGUGACAACUUACUUACAUGCAUAGUUAGAGCUUGGAAUGUUUCAAAACCAGUUUUAUUUUGUCCGGCUAUGAAUACUCAAAUGUGGAAUCAUCCUAUAACCAAAGUUCAAGUCGAUAAACUAGUCUCAUGGGGAUAUUGUCAAAUUCCUCCAAUUGUCAAAACGUUGAUGUGUGGCGAUCAUGGUGUUGGUGCAAUGGCUGAAGUAGAAACUAUUGUUACACAAAUUUUAAAAGAAUUAAACUUAAGCAAUUUUUAAAAUUAUUUAUAGUAUAAGUUUUCAUGAUACAUAGUUAAUUUUUUUGUAAUAAAGAUAUUCAGAAUGUUUGAA